AGUUGUCUCUCGAAAUGGUUCGGCCCAUUGGGCUUUUGGGCUAAGCUGGGCCGGGUUUUGUGUGGUGUACCCGCAACGGCGAAGAGGCAGUGGCCGUAUUGUGUUGUGCCUGCUCGGAGUUGGGUCUGAAGUUGCAGAGGAGGUGCGACGGGGAGGAGGGAGGAAGCGGAGCAGGAUGGUGCGGGGACGAGGAGGAGUGGGGCGGCGGCAGGAGAGGCAGGCCCUGAUGGUGGCGUUCGCGGUGGCGCUACUGAUUGGCACCGCCGUCUACUUCCGCAUCUGGGCCCGCCAGUCCAGCGACCCCUCCUUCACCGCCGACGACCGCGAGGAGCUCCGGAGGCAAUUUGAACGGGCAAACCUAGAUGCAAUGGAUGAAUCUGCCGAAUGGAGAAUGAAAUAUGAUACUGAAUUCGGCAAAAACAGGCAGUUGCAAGAUGAACUUUUGAAGGUUAAGGCCUCGUUGGCUGCUUCAACCAAGCGUCUUGAGUUGUUACAAAAGGAUAAUAAGAUGUUGAAGAGGCAGACUGAGUCAUUGAGACAACAAUGUAAUUGCACUGUUCCGUUGAACACUACACAAGAUUAAGGACAAGACAGGAGUUUCUAGCUUCUUUGGCAGAUUAACACAUAAUUUCCUUUUUAAUUUGUCUUUGAACUGGAGGGAUGGCAGCUAGAUUGAGAUAUGGAAUGGUAGAACUGGAGAAAUGGCUACUGUAGCAUUUCUGCGUAUAGUGAGCAUCACUUCGUUCGAAGUGGUCCUGGGAACUUCAUGAGUAGCAAUGCAACUUGUAGGACACACAAUAUAUGCGAUGGCUCUUAUCUCCUUUUUUGCGCAAGGAUUUCAAUUUUCGAGUAAUGAUGGAUUGACAGCUUGUGAUGUUCUCAGUAUCUGUAAAUGUAAAUAUGCAUUGUAUUUACGGUCA